GUGAACACAAGGUCUGCUCUCUGCUCUCUGCUCUCUGCUCUCUGCUCUCUGCUCUCUGCUCUCUGCUCUCUGCUCUCUGCCCAACAGGAUUAUCUAACUGCUGCGUUCAGAUAGAAAGAGAAUCUGUAGGCAUGAAUAGGGUAAGAAGAGUGUUCUAGCCUGUUAGUACUGGCAGCCCCUAACAGUGAUGGACAACAGGGGGACAGAUGCUAACCUGGACCUGGCUGGUUACUGCACUCCUCUGACAGAACUACUCUCCUCCUAACUGAGACCAGCUCCACAGAAUGCUGAGCCCCGUUGCCCCCUAUAGCCUGUAUAAGAUGCACUGGAACCCGGAGCAUGCCCAGUCCCUCAGUCAGUCCCUCAGCCAGUCCCUCAGCCAGUGGCCUGAGCAGCACCUGGAUGUGUCCUCCACCACCUCCUCACCGGCCCACAAGUCUGAGCUUUACACCGCUGGCCGAGGUGGCUACGCCUGGGCCAAUGAUGACAUCUCAGCCCUCACCGCCUCCAACCUGCUGAAGAGCUAUGCAGAGAAGUACUGUGAUGUUCUAGACUUGCCAUAUGAUCGUCCACCGGGGCCCGCUGUAGGGACCUACCCAGAGCCAGGGGCUUUCGGGGGCCUUAUUGGCCUCAAGACUGAGCUGGAACCCUGGCCCCUGAGCCACAGUGCAGAGGGGCUCUACCCCGGGUCCCUGGAUGGUCUGUCGGGCCCGAAGGCUGGGGCCACAUCAGCAGGGCCCCCAGGGGCCAGCAAUAUGUCGGGGGUCAACAGUAACCUCUCAGAGUCUUGUUAUAGUGGUAGCAGCUCCUCCUCUGGCUCUCACUCAGGUGACUACAACCGCCCCAGCUACAACGGUACCUACGUCUCGCCUGGCUACUGCCCCCAGCCCCCUUCAGCACUCCCCCCUGCCUCCCUCCAACACCCCCUCCAGCCCACACCCACCCUGUUGCCCAGCUACUCCCUCUCCACCUCGGUCUACAACUACCCCCCCAGCAGCUACCCCCACCAGCCCAGCCUGGGCCCCACCUACAGCCACCCCUCUGCAGGGUACUUACCCCCGGGGCUGGCCACCCCCACUCCCCUCCCGUCUCGGCCCACCGUGGUCGGGGGUAGCUAUGGCUACCAAGAAUCCGGAGGUGGGUUGAAGAGGAAGGCGUUUGAAAUGUCAUUAGACGAGGAGGAGGAUGGUUCUAGAUACAGUAAGUAUACAGGCUACGACCCAGUGAAGCCUGGAGGAGGGGACUCUCUCUCUCCCUACAGAGUGGGAGAUAAAGAAAACAGUGGCUUCACCACGGGCAGUACAGAUCCCCAGGCCUUCAAGCCCAGUAAGCCCUCUUCCCAGCCCCUCGUGUCUCCUCCAUACAGGGUGGCUUUAGCAGGGGACUACAGCCCACCAGCAGGGAUGACUGGGGAGAACGUAGGAGGAGGAGGGUCAGAGAACCAGGGCUUCACCCAGCAGCAGCACCACUCCUCCCUGGUCCACAACAAUAAACUCCCCUCCCUGCAUGGCCAGGGCCUGAAGAGCCCAGACCCCAGGCUUCUGGAUCUAGUCAACGGGGAGUUGCUGGACUGUAGCCCGGCCCUGCUAUGGGGGGAGCUGGCUGGGCUGACCCACGUCAAGGCUGCCCUGGAGGAGGAGCUGCUGUGGCCCUGUCUUAGGCCCAGCCCCACUGUCCGCCCCCCAGCCACCGUUCUGUUAUUCGGCCCCCGAGGAGGUGGGAAGACCACCCUAGCACGCUCCAUGGCCUCCCAGCUUGGGGCCUCCUUCUAUAGGCUCAGUGGGGCCAUGUUAGCCUCUAAAGGCAAGGCUGAGGCUGAGGGGAUCCUGGGGGCCACACUGCAGGUGGCGGGGUUGAGGCAGCCCUCCGUGGUGCUGCUCAGUGAGGUGGAGGCUAUGGAGAAGGAGGAGGGGUUGAGGCAGGUGUUGCUAUCUGCCUUGGAGAAGGCCCAGAUGGAGUUAGGGUCGGCGGGAGGAGCCCCUGGGCUGGUGAUCAUGGUGUGUGCCACCGGUAGGCCAGAUCUGCUCCAGGAUGCUGUGCAUCGGAGCUUCGCCAAGCGCUACCACGUGGGCGUGCCAGAUGCUUUUUACAGAAAGCCGAGUUGAGCGCAACGUGCAUCUCCAGUUAGUUAGGAUUCCAU